AUGGUUCACUACUCCAGCCAGCCAAGUCAUGAUUAUGACGCCGUUCCAAAUGGCCAAGCAUACCAAAGCAAUGCGCAGGUUGAAGUGGUCUGCGGGCCUUUGAUCAACUACAAGAACAUGACCGUCACCCCCUCCUCCUCCCUCUGGCAUGGAAGCGUCUUGAUUGUCACGAAACCCGGCCAAAGACAGCCCCAGUUGCUCCUGCGACAAAGUGGUCCGGUCGGCGGUAGCAAUGCUCCGGUCAAUGGCGAUCUAUCGGCCCGUCAGCCCAUCGCAAUUGAUGGUUUGCGCCUUUACGAGGAUCCCCAGAAAGCCUUCUGGCGUUUCUCCAUCACCGUCCCCCUGGAAUCAUAUGAAGCGCGCUGGGAGUAUGACAUUCCCGGCUUCCAGUAUGCGGAUGCCAAUCGAACGAUUACGCCCUGGAACUUUGUGGUGCCCUCCGUGAACCAGUCCAUGCGGCUCAUGUUCCACUCCUGCAACGGUUUCUCCGUCGGCACAGAUAUGGAUGCAUGGCUGGGUCCCAAUCUGUGGAAUGAUGUCCUUCGCGUUCAUGCGCAAAAGCCCUUCCACGUCAUGAUCGGUGGCGGUGACCAAAUCUACAAUGACGGAGUCCGGGUGGAUGGCCCCUUGAAGGAAUGGACGGCGAUCGCGAAUCCCCAUAAAAGACGGACACACAAUUUCGAUAACUCCCUGCGAGCCAAAUGCGACGAGUACUACUAUGCAAACUACAUGAGAUGGUACUCCACCGAGCCGUUCAAGACCGCUAAUGCACAGAUCCCUCAGAUCAAUAUCUGGGACGACCACGACAUCAUUGACGGCUUUGGUUCAUACACGGACCACUUUAUGCGGUGCGCCGUCUUUCGCGGCAUUGGAGGCGUGGCGUACAAGUAUUACUGCCUGUUUCAACACCACCUUGCGCCUCCAAAGUCUACCUUCACCACGGAUGCCCCGCAGACCAUGCAAGCGAUCAACGGCACAGCAGGUGCAGACCCUCGUCAGACAGAGAACACGUUUGUUCUGGAAAAUCAGCCCGAGGACAAUAGUUGGAUCGUUGGGAAAAGCCAUGGUCCUUAUGUAGAGGAGAAGAGCAGGAAUCUGUAUAUGCGCCUGGGCAAGCGGAUUGCGUUCAUCGGCGUUGAUGCGCGGACAGAACGGACCAGGCACCAGGUCAAUUACCCGGAAACCUAUGAUCUUAUCUUCUCUCGUCUCGAGCGUGAAGUGGCAGCCGCCAAUGGGGAUAUCAAACACCUUGUGGUUCUUCUCGGUGUCCCCAUUGCAUAUCCCCGUCUCGCCUGGCUUGAAAAUAUCUUGAGCUCUCCCGUCAUUGCGCCAAUCCGCCUGCUGAACAAGCGGUUCGGUCUCGCCGGCGGCUUGUUCAACAAGUUUGACGGCCAGGUCGACUUGCUGGACGACCUGGAUGACCAUUACACUGCCCGCCAGCACAAGCGAGAGCGACGGAUCUUCAUGCAGCGUCUUCAGCACUUUGCCGCUACGCAUUCUAUUCGCGUAACCAUCUUGGGCGGAGACGUGCACCUCGCCGCGAUUGGGCGCUUCUACUCGAACCCCAAGCUUGGAUUCCCGAGCGAGAGUGAUCCUCGAUACAUGGUCAACGUCAUUAGCAGUGCAAUAACCAACAAGCCGCCUCCCAAAGCUGUUGCAAACCUCCUAGCUCGCAGGAACAAGAUCCACCACAUGGAUGGGGAUACAGACGAGACGCUGAUGGCUUUCUUCGACAAACAACCCGGCGGCGUGGAAAAGAGUGCUCCCUGGAACAAGGUGACCAUGCCGUCGCGUAAUUACGCUUGUAUCACCGAAGUUGACACCCCCAUCACCAACGGCGAUACCGCCAACGGAGACCAAUCAUUCCCCAUCCCUAAGAACGGCCACUCGCCGCUGCACAAGGGCGAAGCUGAUGCGGGCUCCACUCAUUCAGCUGCAGACGGCGUCACCAGCAAUAGUCGCAUGCAUGGCGGACUCGACGUGGCCGUGCGAGUCGAGAUUGACCCGCAAAACACCGACGGGGUCACCGAGGGCUACGGUUUCAGCAUCCCUCCCCUGUCAUAUGUUGCAGCACAGAUCCCUUCACGGCCCACUUCUCGCCAAGCGCAUUCUUUGCGGGCUCCUUCUCUUCGGCCACCCUCUUCGCGAUCUGCUCGCCCUCAUACUGCUGUCCACUAG